CGGGCCGGUCCGCGAAGGCCUCAGCAGCACCGCGAGGCCCCGCGCGCCCAUCAGGCCUGAUUAAUCCCACCUGAGCUCGCGGGCUCGCGGUUCAGUCCGUGUGCAGGUGACAGAGCGGCGGCGCGAUGCAGAAAGGCCUGAAGAAGUACUUCGUGAACAUGGACGAGUACCUGUGCAGCCUCGGCCUGUACCGGAAGAUGGUGGCACGCGACGCGUCCAGCCUGUUCCGGGCCGUGUCCGAGCAGUUGUAUUUCUCUCAGAACUACCAUCAGAAGAUCCGUCAGGACUGUGCUAACUUCAUGAGAGCCAAUAGAUGCAACUUUGAGCCGUUUGUUGAAGGCUCGUUUGAGAAAUACCUGGAACGUCUGGAGGAUCCAAAGGAGACGGUGGGUCAAGUGGAGAUCAAGGCUCUGUCUCAGCUGUACAGGCGCUGCUUCCUGAUCUACCGUUACCCGGGGAAACCAGCCACCAUCAUCUCGGAGGACGACUUCGUGGACAAGGUGACGCUGUGCUGCUCCAUCAAUGGUCACUAUGACAUUGUUUACCCAAGGAGUUACCCCGCCUCUGCCGCCCUCUGUCAGUCUCUUCUGUAUGAGCUGCUUUACACUCAGGUAUUUGGUUUUGAGGAGGCAGAGCUCUGCCUGGCCAUGGAGGCCUUCAGGGUUGGAGGUCGUCGCUAUAGAAACAGUCCAUCCAUGUGCAGUGAUGUCGACCUUGGAUAUGACACACCUGAGGACCGCGGGCACAGGGAGGAGGCGGAGCCAGGCGGACCCAUCGAGGAGAAACCACGAGCUGUGACGGACGACUCGAAGCCUCCUGCAGAAGCUCUGCCCCCCUCCAGACUGUCUCUGCCGUACAAAGUGAUGAAGUCUCUGGACGGGGACGUUUACAGAAACCUGGAGUUCGAUGUGUGGCAGGACACCUGCAAAGAGAUGCAGAAGACGGACUACAUGGUGUUUGCAGGGAGGCAGUACUUCCUGGGAGACAAGUGUCAGGUGCGUCUGGAGCCGAAGGGCAAGUACUAUAACGCCUUCAUCCAGGAAGUGGGAACGCACUCAUCGGCCGUCACUGUGUUCAUCGAGGAACUGGGCGAGAAACACCUGGUCCCUCUGACGGACCUCAAACCCGUGAAUCCGGUUCCCGCUUGGAAUGUGGCUGCGCCCUCCAGAAAAGGAGACCUCGACCCGGACUCUCGUGGUCAGCGGCAUCACCGCCAUCGCUACUUCAGGAAAUCUCGUGGGAUGAAGGGAACGGAGCUGCUAAUCCCACCUCCUCCUUCCUAUGGAGGCCCCGCCCCCUCGAGUCUGCCGCCUCGCUUCCAAACAGCAGGCCACCCCCGCCCACCCCCUCCUCCGUCACCUGGAGCUUUGACCUAUGACCCCUAUGCCCCCCCUCACCAUCACCAUCCCCCCCCAGCCAGAACACCGCGCUACGGAGCCUCAAGAAGCUCCACCCGUUUCCUGAACCGUCACCUGAUUGGUACUCAGCUGACCUAUUACCAUCCUGGUCGCAGGUAUUAUCAGGACUACGAGAGCUUCACCUUCAGGUCCCGACGCAGUCGGCGUCAGCUGGCGGCGGCUCUGAACAAAGAGUGUCAGUUUGGUUUUCCCGAGGCGGUGGAGGAGCCGGCCGAUCUGGACGAAGCCAUCUCGUACUACCAGCUCGAUGGCGCCAGCGACGGUGUCUUCCCUCCGCUGCCAGGCCCCACUGUGGCUCCUCCCCCCUCCAUUGGUGCCCCAACCCCUCCCUCUGGCUCCUCCUAUAGAGUUCAGAGAGGCUCUGGGCCCCUCUCCCCUGCCCCCCCACCCAGAAACACUCCCGUGUGCUCGUCAGAGGAGGAGCAGGAGGACACAAGCACGGUGGAGGACCAGGCCGAGUACACGGAGGACUUCAUCUACAGUUCACAGGAUCAGAGUUUCCAGACAUCGGGAGUUUACAGCACCACUGAGACCUCCACCAAUCAGGAUGAGCAGGAAGGAGGCGUGGCUGACUCUCCCACGAGAUCAGACGUGAACUUCAGCUACAGCCAGCAGGUAGUGAAGCCGCUGUCAGUCAUCUGCUCGUCUCCGUCUUCCUCUUCCUCAUCACCCUCCUCUCCAUCAUCACGGCUACCAGCAGCUGCUCACCUGCCGUCAGCCACACAUGCGCAGACACGCUCAGUUGCAAUGGCGAUCCCAGCUGCUUCUUCCUGGUUGGUUAAUGAGUUGGGUGAGCCGCUCUGCACUGUGAUAGCCCCGCCCCCUUAUUCAUAUGACCCUAAUGGAAGUGAUUUACCAAGAGACUGCAGAGUCCUCCAGUAUUAUUUCAACUUGGGCGUCCAGUGGUACCAUCAGAGCUGCUGGCAGCAACAGCAGCAGGUGUAUCCCGCCUCCUCACCUGAGACUUCCUACUCCUACCAGCCCUACACGCCCUACCUGGGCCAGGAGCCCCCUCUGCACGCUGCCUCCCAGCCGUUCUCUGAGACCGGGCGGAUCUCCCAUCAGCCCGCCAGCUCCUACCCAGAAUCCUCCAGGUCUGCAGACGGACAGACAGAAGGACACAGCGGCGGUGUCUCCAUUGAAAGCUCAUCCUCCAUCAGUCCUACUCCUCCAGGCUCCGCCCCCUCCUCUGCUCUCCUCUACCCAGAUCAGUCGCCCCUCCCUCCUCCUCUCCCACUGCUCCACCUGCCAUAUGAAGCUCCACCCCCAAGCACCUACCUGACUACAGCCCCUGCACCUCCUCUUCCACAUCCCGCCCACCACCCUCACCACACUUCCUACCACCCGUGCCUCCCUUCCUCUGUCCACUGGGGGGCAAUAUCGACGGGAGGCCACGCCCCACGAGUCUACUGCCCUGCCCCCAACCCUUCUCACGUUGUUGGAUACAUUGCUGCUCCACCCCCUCACCACACAGCCACACACUACAUCCCACCCACUAUGUAACGUGCACAUUAGCUCAAGGCUAAAACCCCUUUUGCUUUGAAUUAGUGUUAACUUUAUUAUGAACACUUUUCCUGCAGUGAGACUUUCAAAAUAAAGCAGAAAAAUUAAAGUUAGGAUUUAAAGGUAAAUAUUGGCAGGAUGUUGAUGAUAGCGAGCCCGGAAAAUGGCUGAGUUCCUUCUUUUUGCUGUUGGUUAAAAUUCAUGUUGUGACAGCCAAUCUGAGGUGGUGGGCGUGACCAGUCCCUAUUUGUGGAGGGAUCUCUUUGUGUUGAUGUUUUGUGGUUUGAGUUUUGGGUGAAUAAAGUUUUUCACCAGCA